AUGGCUGGGUGCUUCCUCAUCCUCGCAACACCUCACUCUGAAGCCUCCGUAAACCCAUCGGUUAAUCAUGUUCUUCUAAGAUUAAUUCAUGGCUUCUUUUAAUGCACGAUUGCCUCCCUCUUGGCUCUUUGCUGUGGUCGCCCAUGGUAGACCAUCAGGAAUAUGUCGCCACCAGGAAAUAGUUUAUUCCCUGCAAAUGCUCAUCGGAGAGGAAAGUCAAGCCUUUGCAGGCAUCAUUCUCCCGUAUAAGUACUCCCCAAUCUCUGCAACUGUGUCACCAAGCCUUUCGAUCACUCUCGAGUGCCAUCUAUGGAGUUUGGAGGCUUGGUCUCUGAAGGAAGUUGGAGCUGCUUCGACUCCGAGGUGAUGACACACCUCUGCGACUCCCACCAUUUCGCUGAGGAGCAAGAUCAAGGCCUGAGCAUGGUGACGCCUGCCAUGCUCUGUUCUGAUCACAGCUCCCAUUCAUACUCUUCCUACUGGCCUCAAUACAAUUCUAGUAGUUUUCUUCCUCUCGCCGACUACGGAGGCUACAGCAUUUGCACUGGUGAGGAGCAGAUCACCGCGCCAUCCUUCCCGGGGGAUCAAUUCAAUCUCGAAGUCGGAGGCUUGUUCGCGAAGCCGCCAUUUCCCCUUCUUCCCUGUGAUCACAACGCCGAGGCCACCAAGAAAAGAGUCACUACAAGUGAGCUUGAGAUGACAGGGAGCGGGGAUGGCCACACCGUCAGCCCCAACAAGAAGGCUCGGGCCGCCGCAUCGGUGCCUAAGAAGAGGAAGAAUCCACAACCCAAGAAAGCUCAGAGGACCGUUGCCACUGCCAAUGAAGAAGAAGGCAAUGGCGAGCUGAACUCACAAAGCUCCAGCUGCUACAGCUCGGAGGAGGACUGCAAUGGUUCUCAGGAGCUGCUGGGUUCUGGCAUCACAAGUUCUAGCUCGAAAGCAACAGCUGGUCGGAGUUCAUCUACCGAUCCCCAAAGCCUUUACGCGAGGAAGAGGAGAGAAAGAAUCAAUGAGAGGCUGAGGACAUUACAGAGCCUGGUUCCAAAUGGAACGAAAGUAGAUCUCAGCACAAUGCUUGAAGAAGCAGUUGAGUACGUGAAGUUCCUGCAUCUCCAAAUCAAGCUUUUGAGUUCUGAUGACCUGUGGAUGUAUGCUCCUAUCGCUUACAAUGGGAUGAGCGUCGGAUUCGAUCUAAAUAUCUCUCCAUAGAAGGAGACGGUGGUCGUCAGAAUGGAAAGCUGAAGGAAACAUGAUCGAUCAUCACUUGAGCAGAUCCCUUUAGCUGUGCUUAAAAGUUUUGUGAUGGAGAUGAUGAAAGGAAGAGUUGGGGAAUGGAUAUUACAAAACAAGCUUCUUUGUACAUGAGAUCUCUACACCAAAUGCAAUGUACAGGGGUCGCUCAAUGUUGAAUGUUGGAUCUAAAAGUAUUGCUACAAAAUAUAAGACAUUGUGUGCUCCUCAUGAGCUUAGAUUAAUAAUAUAAACAACCAGUAG